CCUCAAUGUCCUUAUUCAGAAGGAAGUACAGAGGCUGCUAAAUGCUGGAAAUCUGUAAGAUCAGGAAAUACUCCGCAGAUCAAACAGCAGCUGUGGACCAGGAAACAGAGUUAACUAUUCAACCACAACAAACAGCUGCACCUGCCUCGGGUUCCCGCUCGCUCUCGGUGUGUUCCUUAUAGGUCCACUGUCUCGUCUCCUCUCACAGGGUAUUAGGAUUUGCAACCAGGAAACUCAGACAUUACAUCACACUCUGAAGGAGUCAGCUAAUUUAUUGUAACCUGAUUUAUUGUUGGUUUGAACAUGGAGGCAAAAAGCACCGUUCACAGUGGGGAGACACUGUACACACGUUCUGUUUGUGGACAAGGCUUCAGCCAAUCGUCUGUCCUGUUGAGAGAGAAGCACAGUGACUCCAGGGAGAAACCGUGGAAGUGUGGGGACUGCGGGAAGGUAUUCAGUUACCCAUCUGUGCUGGAAAUUCAUCAACGCAUUCACACUGGCGAGAGGCCGUACACCUGCCCCAUGUGUCGGAAGGAAUUCAAUCAUUCAUCCACCUUGAGAAUACACCAGAGGAGUCACACCGGGGAGAGACCAUUCAAGUGCUCUGUAUGUGGAAAGGGAUUCACUGUGUCAUCCGGACUGCUGCAGCACCAGCGGGUUCACACUGGGGAGAGGCCGUUCACCUGCUCCGAAUGUGGGAAGGGAUUCACUCAGUUAAGCAACCUGAAGACACAUCAGCGAAUUCACACGGGAGAGAAGCCAUUUACAUGCUCCACGUGUGGGAAGGGAUUCACUGUGCAUUCCCACCUGCAGGAACACCAGCGAGUUCACACUGGGGAGAGGCCGUUCAUCUGCUACGAGUGUGGGAAGGGAUUCAUUAACUCAUCCCACCUGCUGAGCCAUCAGCGACGGCACACUGGGGAGAAACCAUACAUUUGCUCCGAUUGUGGGAAGGGAUUCACUCAGUCAUGCUACCUGCUCAGUCACCAGCGAGUCCCAUCAUAUGAAAACACAACUUUAGUUUCCAAAUGUACACUAACGCCGACCCAGCUCUACCUCACCACCGCCUCUCCUGACUCCUGCACUAUUGGACUGCUUACCCAACCCCCAAUAACAGAAGAAUGUCAAUUACCUCCAGUUAAAUGUGAGGACACCAAAGUCAUUGUCCUUGGAAGGAGUCGGCUAAUUUAUUGUAACCUGAUUAUCAUUGGUGUGAACAUGGAAGGAAAAAGCACCGUUCACAGUGGGGAGAAAAUGUACACGCGUUCUGUGUGUGGACGAGGCUUCAGCCAAUCGUCUGCCCUGUUGAGAGAGAAGCACAGUGACUCCAGGGAGAAACCGUGCAAGUGUGGGCACUGCGGGAAGGUAUUCAGUUACCCAUCUGUGCUGGAUAUACAUCAACGCAUUCACACUGGCGAGAGGCCAUACAGCUGCCCAGUGUGUCGGAAGGAAUUCGCUCAUUCAUCGACCUUGAGAAUACACCAGCGGAGUCACACCGGGGAGCGACCAUUCAAGUGCUCUGUGUGUGGAAAGGGUUUCACUGUGUCAUCCGACGUGCUGAAACACCAGCGAGUUCACACUGGGGAGAGGCCAUUCACCUGCUCCGAAUGUGGGAAAGGAUUCACUCAGUUAGGCAACCUGCAGACACAUCAGCGCAUUCACACGGGAGAGAAGCCAUUUAUAUGCUCCACAUGUGGGAAGGCAUUCACUGUGCAUUCCCACCUGCAGGAACACCAGCGAGUUCACACAGGGGAGAGGCCGUUCGUCUGCUAUGAGUGUGGGAAGGGAUUCAUUAACUCAUCCCACCUGCUGAGCCACCAGCGAGGUCACACUGGGGAGAAACCAUACAUUUGCUCCGAGUGUGGGAAGGGAUUCACUCAGAGUCGGCUAAUUUAUUGUAACCUGAUUAUCGUUGGUGUGAACAUGGAAGGAAAAAGCAUCAUUCACAGUGGGGAGAAACUGUCUACGCAUUCUGUGCGUGGACGAGCCUUCAGCCAAUCGGCUGUCCUGUUGAGAGAGAAACACAGUGACUCCAGGGAGAAACCGUGGAAGUGUGGUCACUGCGGGAAGGUAUUCAGUUACCCAUCUGUGCUGGAAAUUCAUCAACGCAUUCACACUGGCGAGAGGCCGUACACCUGCCCCGUGUGUCGGAAGGAAUUCAAUCAUUCAUCCACCUUGAGGAUACACCAGCGGAGUCACACUGGGGAGAGACCAUUCAAGUGCUCUGUAUGUGGAAAGGGAUUCACUGUGUCAUCCGACGUGCUGAAACACCAGCGAGUUCACACUGGGGAGAGGCCGUUCACCUGCUCCGAAUGUGGGAAGGGAUUCACUCAGUUAGGCAACCUGCAGACACAUAAGCGAAUUCACACGGGAGAGAAGCCAUUUACAUGCUCCACGUGUGGGAAGGCAUUCACUGUGCAUUCCCACCUGCAGGAGCACCGACGAGUUCACACUGGGGAGAGGCCGUUCGUCUGCUGUGAGUGUGGGAAGGGAUUCAUUAACUCAUCCCACCUGCUGAGCCACCAACGAGGUCACACUGGGGAGAGACCAUUCACUUGCUCCGAGUGUGGGAAGGGAUUCACUCAGUCAUGCCACCUGGUCAGUCACCAGCGAGUUCACAACUAACCACAGUGAUUGGAUUUUGCUGUUAAUCACACCCAGGACUGAACCAUGCUCAUUGGGGUCAGUUUCUGCUUAUGUUAAUAAACUCUAGCCCCCGUCCAGUUAUAGAUGUUAACACUCUGGAUAAAAGUCAAAUCUAUCUUGAACACAAGAUGUAUUGUGUUUGGUUUGUCACCUCCCAAAUCCCAGCCAAUCUUUCCCAGAAAUCCAUCUUUGAUUCUUCCAAUCAGAUUUCCACCCCUGCCACAGUACCAAAGCUUGUCUUCUCAAAGUCACAAUGGCAGCCUGUAUCACUGACCGUGGUAAACUCCUGCCUCGUCCUUCUCGACCUGUCUGCAGCCUUUGACACAGUCGACCACACCAUCCUCCUCCAACACUUCUCACCUGGUUCCAUUCUUACUUACCUAAUCGCAGCCAGAGAACCACAUGCAAUUGCUUCUCUUCCCUUUCUCAGGCCCUUACCUCUCAUUGUCAUCUCCCAAGAUUGAUUCUUGACACCCUCCUCUUUCUGAUCUACACACUGCCGCUAAGUCCCAUCUUAUGAAAACACAACGUUAGUUUCCACAUGUACACUAACACAACCCAGCUCUCCUUCACCACAACCCCUCCUAACUCCUGCGCUGUUGGACUGCUUACCCAACACCCAAAAGCAGAAGAAUAUCAAUUUCCUCCAAUUAAAUAUUAAAGAGACCAAAGUCAUUGUCCUUGGUGACAGCUACAAAUUCUGUUUCCUAAUGACUGACUCCAUCUCUCUACCAGGGAGCUGCUUGAGACUGAAUCACUCUGCUCCCAAUCUUGCUGUCAUAGUUAACCCCAGGAAAAGCUUCUGACCACAUUGUGGGUUUACUUGCAUCACAUGGGCUGCAGUGGUUCAAGAGGGUCCUCACCACCGCCUUCUCAAGGGGCAAUUAGGGAUGGACAACAAUGCCCAGGUCCCAUGAAAGAAUAAAGAAUUAGCUCUUGGACAAGCAAUGCCUCAGUUUUAAAAUUCUCAUCCCUUUUUAUUUUCCAAUCCCUCCAGGGCCCUCCCUAUAUCUGUAAUCUCCUGCAGUUCAACAACCUUCUGGGAUCGCUGCACUCAUCCAACUCUGGCCUUUUGAACAUCCCUGAUUUUAAUCAUUCCAGCAUUGGCAGCCCUGCCUUCAACUGCCUAGGCCUGAAGCUCUGGAAUUCCAUCCCUAAACCUCUCUGUCUCUCUACCUCGCUUUCCUGAUUCA